AUGGAUCUGAAGGCGAGCAACGUGCUGAUCAGCCGUAACGAGCGCGGAGACAUCACCAAUGUAAAGAUCGCGGAUUUCGGCCUGUCAAAGCUCUUCAGAGCGGACCUAACACACUCCUACACUGAACUGGUCAUUGGUCUAAAGGCGUACAUGGCCCCGGAAUACCUUACCAGGGGCAGGAUCUCAGCCAAGGUGGACAUAUAUUGUUUCGGCGUUCUUAUUCUGGAGAUAGUCACUGGCGACUGCGCCAACGUGAAUGAUUCCUCGGUCGAAUUCAUCGACCGGGUGCGCAGGGAGUGGGGCAACGGAGACGUGAGAAGGAUCACGGUGGGAAGCUGCUCCGACGACUGCAUUCCACAAGCUCGCAACUGCAUCGAUAUAGCGCUGGACUGCAUCCAGGAAGACCCCGACCGCAGGCCGGACGCGACAGAGAUAGGCCAGCGGCUCUCGCUUUCUCGUACCUGCGCCACAGUCCAUGCAAGGUAG